AUGAAUAUCCCGUUCUUAAAGCUUCCAUAUCUGGUCCAAUUCGAAGUACUGAAACAACUGGAAUUUCAAGAAGUGUUCUUGUUGAGUCUGUGCUCUGAAAAGUCAAAAAUAAUGGCUCAAAGUCUGAACAUGAGACCACUAAAGAUUAUUUAUAUCUUUUCUGAAAAAUGUGUUCAAGUUUUUGUGGCGUAUGAUCAAUAUGUUCGGAUAAUACAUGGUGUCGCUAAUCUGAAAUUCGUUCCAUCCAUUUCUCAGGGGAUAACUAUGAAGAUAGGAGGAAAUGCGAUAAGUUACAAAUACGUAGAAGACACUUCAGGAGGGGAAUUCUUUCACGCGUUACAUUGCCUUCAAGAGCACUCAGCUUUGGAAUUUCUCCAAAGUCAUAUGAACAGCUGGUUCCGUGGUCAACCACAAGUUCAACUAUACGUCUACUCACUUCGUUCUAUGUACCAAUCUGGAAUUAUCAAGGAUGUCACUGCUACAAGUUUCGAAAUAGACGAAUUGAACACGGAGCAACUCGAGAACUAUCUGGCCAUUCAUCCAAACCAGAAUAGCCUUCAGUUUAUCACCAAAUUUAUUGGACCACCGUUUGGAAAUGACUCAAGAUUAUGGGAUAUCAAAGGAUUGGCCUUUGAAAACGUAAAUGAUGCAAUUUUGGGUUUGAAGAUAGACGAAAAGGGUUCGGAAAUAAUGAGAAACUUUGGUGGAGAGUAUCUGUUCUUGUUCAAUUUAGUCUAUGAUAUCGAUGACUGGGCACAUAUGAUCAGAAAUUGGAAAACAAAAAAAGAAUAUCAAAAUUUGAAAAGUUUGUAUACAAUGGCACCCGUGAGUACUUCUAUAUUUUUUGAACAUGCCAUGCCGGAGUUCAAUUUUGUAAAGUGGGAUGGAAAGAGAAGACCGAGAAUUGCAAAAUGGGAUCCGAAAAUUAUCAAUAUCAAAAUGGGUUUUUCUGAAGGACACGACUGCUCCGACUGGCUGGAUAUACAACAGGACGGCGGAGGGAAGUGGGCAUCGAUUGACCUGACACAUACUUUCAUACAUUUUGUUGUGUGGGAUUAG